AAAAUUGGGCUCAUCCUUGACUCUUUUUGCCGGCUCACACUCACAGUCUCCUUCAGCGAUGGACGUCUUUUGGUCGCCACUAACCGCUCCUUUGUGAAAUGUCGCUCGCCGGUUACCAAGUCGCUGAUCACUUUGAGGAUCUCAUUCUCCUCCAAAGUCUCUCUCUUUAUCCAAUCUCUUCUUCUUGCCGGACCUCCAUGUCUCAGGAGUCUCAUAAUUGAGAGAGCUAUUACUUAUUUUCUUUUGGGUGCUCCAUUGGAAGUGAUAGCAUGCUUGAAGCAACCAUGUCUGCCACCAAGACUCGCACAAGCAGCUUAUCUCGCAAUUUUUCUGCUUUAUCCUCAUCUCAAACCCCCGGACUCAAGCACGGUCCCAAUGGCACAACCUUCAUCUCGUCUGGCAUACCGGACCUUGACAGCAAUCUUCUAUUGCUUACACUACUGAGAAAUUAUAGAUUGCGAUGGGCAGGAGUGGUGCAAUCAUGAUUGUUAAUGAUUCUUUUAUAUGUGUAUCAUUCUCUAUAAUUUAUAGGGAUUUUAGGUGGAGGCUUUUCUCCCUGAAGCCUGGUCAUGGUGAUGGAAGAUUCAGAAGCUCCUCAUCAUAUGCUUUUGCCGAGGAGUUUUAUGUCUCAGGGACUUGUUCUCAACCAGCCACUUCUCUAUCAAGUCCUUCUAAAGACCCGAGGGGAUUUUUGGGUACUUUGCCUUCUCCAGUAUCAUCCAAAGAUGAUAUGUCACAUAAUCGUGAUCCUGAUCAGGAGAAGGGGUUGAGGAUAGCUUGGCAAUAUAAGAAGUAUUUUGGUGAAAAUCAACAGAAUUUUGAAAUUCAUAAAGAUGGUAAGUGUGAGUUCUGCAAUGACUUUGACCUGCGGAAGCCCUUGGAGAGGCAAUUUCUAACUGGCAAGCAUAUAGAUUGUGUUAGCAUUCAGGAUUCUCCAAAUCUAGAUCCUCUUCGGGACCAUUGUGCCAAAUUUUUAUCUCAAUUUCCAAGGAAUGAUGGCGGUGUUACCUGUGCUGGUCGUAUUGCCAUUCAAUCACUGUGUGCUCCACAAUGUGAAUAUUCCAACGCGGAGUGGGACAUUCUUUCCUUUGUUAGAUCUCUCAAAGGCAUGGUACCCUCAGUAAAUGCAGUUGCUGUCAUAACUUUUCCACCAUCUCUUCUGUCACCUUCAACCUCAAAACGGUUGCAGACAUCGGCGAAUUUUCUUCUGCCUUCAGUAACCAGGUUGCUUCGCUGUAUAAAAUUUCAUCGUCAUCCGAGAUACUUGCCACACAACCUUGAAUUUUUUUAUGACUCAACAUUUUUUCUUUUGGUUUUUUAAUUCUUCUUGAGAUACCAAGACUCUAUUUUGUAGUGUCCUUUCUUACUAUAAUAAUGACACUUGACAUACUUCUUA